AUGAAAUUCCUUUUAACUUGCCGUUGCCACUUGUUUCUAAUGGCAUAUCUACUAAUAGCCAUUCGGCCACCCAAUGCACUUAUUGCUUGGCCACAUGAUGGUGCCACCAGCAGUCACCAAUUACAUCAUAGUAAUCAUCAUAAUGCUCGAAAUAGCACUGGCACAGAUGGUGGUGGUGCUGGAUCAGAGUCUGGCGGCGCCACAGAUACAACAUCCAAAUCAGCAGGAGUCCAUCACAGCAAUUGGCAUCGCAUGGAAAUGAUGGAUUCAAAUGGGCUAUAUUGGCUCGAAUGGUGGACCAAAGCGAAGGAUAUUUAUUUUCGUGUCACCGUCAAUACACAGGGAUUCAUUGGUUUGGGAUUUUCGAGAAAAUCUGGACGUAUGUCCGGUGCGGAUAUGGUAUUGUUGUGGGUUGAUGAUCGUACCGGAAAACCGAAUGCUUUGGAUUGUCAUGGUUCUUUUACUGAAAGUAAUGCUGCGCCCAUACAAGAUGAUACCCAAAAUUAUAUAGUUUUGGAUGGCUUUCAAAAUAGCACUCACACUCAGGUUGAAUUCUAUAGGCAAAUCGAGACAUGUGAUCCCUACGAUAUUCCAUUAGGGACCGAUACAAUAAAAGUUCUCUGGGCUUUUGGUGACACCGAUCCCAUACACGGCAAUUUAAAGGGUCAUGGUAAAAAUCGUGGUUUCAAACCAUUACAUUUGCUUGGACCCAUGUUUCGUAAAAAUCAUGGCAGCUCAUCGUCAUCAUCAACUACCUCAAGACAUCAAUUGGAUACACAAAAAUGGGAUGUUACCGUGCAAAACGUUACCAUAGACUCAUCCAUGGACACAUUGUAUUGGUGUAAAAUCAUUAAGGCACCCAGUCUAACCGAAAAACAUCAUAUUAUUGGUUACGAAGCAUUAUUGACACGAGCAAGUGUAUCAGCACAACCGUUAGUACACCACAUGACAUUGUUCGAAUGCUCUACUAAAUCAUAUCCUGGCUCUGAUCCGGCUUCAUGGGAUGUGUGGGUAAAGAGCAGCGGUGCGGUUUGCAAUAGCAAUUUAUUGACGCCACGCGAUUGGGAUGCAUGUAUUACACCAGUUGCCGUUUGGUCAAUUGGCUCCACAGGUCAAUUUUUACCACCCCAUGUUGGAAUACCAGUUGGCGGUAAAACCGGAGCAAAAUACUAUAUGCUAGAAAUACACUAUGAUAAUCCCUUAGCUUUACAAGCCACUGACCAUUCGGGAUUCCGCAUUCACUACAGCAAACACUUGAGAAAACAUGAUGGUGGUGUCAUGAUUUCAGGCGUUUCCGUUUCCGACACCCAAUUAAUACCACCCGGCCAAAAGUUAUAUCGUAAUGUUGGUAUAUGUGGUCCCUCCUGUUCGAACGUGAUGUUUCCCGAAGAUGGUAUUAAAAUAAUUUCCGGAACUUUGCAUUCACAUCGUGCUGGCCGUAAAAUGACGUUAAGACACGUACGAAAUGGCAAGGAAUUGCCACGAAUCAUUGAAGAUGAUAAUUAUGAUUAUAAUUAUCAGCAGGUCAGACAAUUGGAAAAUGAAACUGUUGUCCUGCCUGGUGAUUAUAUUAUAACCGAUUGUGCUUAUGAGACUACAUCACGUAAACGUCCUACCUUUGGUGGCUAUUCGACCAAACAAGAAAUGUGCCUCUCCUUCAUUACAUAUUAUCCUCGCAUUGAUCUGGCCGGCUGUUAUAGUAUGACACCCGUACGUGAAUUUUUCGAAACAUUUGGUGUCUAUCAAUUCUAUUCACUGAAUAUGACAGACGUUGAGAAUUUAUUCCUUUACAAUGGCAAUGUAUUGGACUAUAUACCAAAUACCAUAUAUGCAAAAACAAAACCCAAUAGGGCUAAUAUGACGGAAGAAGACAUUCUCUACGAAGAGUCCUUACUAAAUAAAUUAAUUAUAUCCGAUCCCGUGGAAUUUCAUGAUCGUACUUUUCUAUCACAUCUGAAUCAACUGCCAUGGUCGGAGCCAUUGUUUACGAAACGGGUUGAGCAGAGCAUGAUCAACGGCAAACAUAUGACAUUCUGUCGGGUUUCCAAUGAUGCUAUAUCUAUUCCCUCGGAAAUUAUACGUUAUCCGAACUUUACCACAUUUGUCAAGCCACCCAGUCUGUGUCCCUAUCAAAUGUUAAUGGACAGUGCACCCUUAAGCUCUAAGUCAGCAACCAUCACAAGCACAUCACUGAAAUAUUACAUUUUAAGUUACUUAUUACUUUUAAACUAUUCUAUAUUUAUGCGUUACAUAUAA